CAACUCGGCCACCGUACAGGAGCCCAAAGCAUGUUUGUUGAUCUGCGCAGCUUCGGUGACGUCACCGCACCUCCCCUAUGAUGGCUGCUACGAUGUCGGAGCAGGAUGGCUCCAAAGGCAGCGCUCGGAACCGGGGCGGUGUGCAGCGAGUGGAAGGGAAGCUGAGGGCUAGCGUAGAGAAGGGCGACUAUUACGAGGCCCAUCAGAUGUACCGGACGCUGUUCUUUAGUGGGAAGUUAACCGUAUUUACAGUAUUGUGUGAACAGUAUCAGCCUUCACUAAAGAGAGAUCCAAUGUAUAAUGAGUACCUUGACAGAAUAGGACAGCUUUUCUUUGGAGUACCCCCCAAACAGUCAUCUUCAUAUGGUGGAUUAUUGGGUAACCUCUUAAACAGCCUGAUGGGAGCUGGGGAAGAUGAUGACAUAGAAGACGCUCAAGAGGAUAGCAGCCCUAUUGAAUUAGAUUGAGAAAGACACAAACUUUAUUACUAGGAGUAGCAUGAGUCAAAAAUAAAACAGGAGCUCAAAAGACAAAUUCUAUGAUUUGAGUCAUUGAAAGGUCAUUUUGUAAAGCAGCUGUAAUGAGCUGUCCAUGUAUCCUGUUGAUGGAAGCAUUAAAAUGUUUGGUUUAUACAGGGUACGUCAACAAGGUUAGUGAGACAUGAGUGAAUAUUGGCAAUAUUCCAUUCUUUUUUUCUCGCUGAAUGCCAAGUAAAUCUCAUGGUUCUAACAUAAAAGCCAAACAGAUAAAUCUAGGAAAUCUUUUUUUAUUCAUUUUUGUUCCAUCCUGAAAAAAUUAUGUUGCCCCUGAUUAUUUUUAGAAUGUAAAUCAUUUUGAGAAAUAACAUCAUCUAGCUUUCUACUUCACCCGAAGACAAAACAGAAUCUAGCCCAAAGUAGAAAGAAAAUUCCUCCAUAUAAUUCUCCAUUUCAGCAUAUGGUGAUUUUUGUAGUAAAAAUGAAGAAUGACAAGAAUUAUACUAGGGUUAUUUCUCAUCACAAAUGUAAAAUGCUAAACAUUGUUCGGUUUUGCACCCAAUAUCUUAGGAUUGAUUAUGUGUGAUUGUUUUGAUUUAUUCACUGCACAGCCAACAAAACACACACUUUAUUUAAAUACAGUGGAAUUUCUUUUUAAUAUGCAAUAUUUAUUACAAAUCAUUUGGUUUUGUACAUCUGCUCCUUCAGUUCCAUCAUAACAACAGGUUGUCAUAUUGGUACUGAAGUGUUUCUUUUAUGUAUUAGCAUUACUGAUGAGUGCUGGUAUCUUUCACAGGAGUUGGAAAUCGGCGCUAUAAAAUAAACCAUGCAGUUUAUCUUAAGAAGAACGGGAUGUGAUCUUUCUCAAUAUUUGAAUAUUAUAACAUAAUAAUGCAUGGGGGAGGGGAGUUGGAUUUUUAUUUUCUGUAAUUUAAAUGGACUUGAAAAACAUUUUCAUUUGUAGUAAAGGUUUCAAUAAAUUCUUUCUACCAUGA